AUGGCUGAAUCGGAAAACCCCCUCCUCAAUGAAUUCUGUGCUGCCGACGCUGGCGCCGCCGGGCAGUCCCGCCGGCUCCGCAUCCGCUUCAAGGGCCCCGCCCCCCGUCCUGUGCCGGACCCCAACGCUGGCCAAUGCUUGAACCAGAGCGUUAAUGCUUGUAAAAGCUUCAAUAGAAUUGGAAUUCCAAAGAUACGCACUUUGAUAACCAAAAGAGCUGUGGAAUUCCGUCCUAUGGUGUCGUCGUCACCCAAUCUAUGA